AGAGAAUUGACAGCUCAAAUAAAUCACUUUAAACUUUUGAUGGAUCGACCUCCGACCCACGUUGACGGUCACCAACAUGUUCACGUUUUUCCAGGUGUUAGAGAUACUUUUGCAAAAGUUUUACAAAAUGAAAACAUAACUUGGACCAGGAUGCCAAUUGAUAAUCAAUUAGAGAAAUGUGACUGGAUUAAUGCUGAAAGGAAAAAAUUUUAUAAUGAUGUUGUUAUAAUGGCAAAAGAAUCUUCUAAAAUAUUUAAAAAUUACAAUAUAAACUUCACCAAGAGAUUUAUUGGAAUGUGUUGCAUGGGAAAGGACAUGACACUGCAGCGACUUAAGAGUGCCAUUUUGGAUUACAAAUGUUCGGAAGAAAGUCACUCGUGCGAAAUUAUGGUUCAUCCCGGUUACGCAGCUCUGCCAGGUAUCGGAGGAUGUGGAACAGGACCCGACGAUUUUGCCCUCUCUCCAGAAAGGGAACACGAAAUGAAUAUUUUGUGCAGUCAAAAUUGGAAGAAUUUAAUUAAAGAUAUAAAUGCAGAAUUAGUUUGUUUUACACAAAUUUUGCUAAUUAAAGAUAAUGUAUAAUUCAUCAAUAAUCAUCUUGGGAUACUGAGAAGCAUUUAUUUGCUAUACACAAAUGUUUUCAGCCUAAUGUAUAGGUGACUGAUUCUUGGAACGUAAUUUGUAAUUACGGUAUAAUGUAUAGAUUUGUAAAGUAACCACAGAUGAGUUUUAGAAAGAAUUUCAAAUUAUAAUUUUAUUAAUCAAUCUAUAUUUUUACAA